AUGGGUCUCUUUCAACAACCCGGUCCGGGGGAGAACCUUGGUCGGUUCUCUAGCCAACUUCGCGAUGCCCUUGCUUCCAAAGCCAAACCGUUCGACCUCUGGAGCAUCCCUGAAUCGGCUGCAGGCCCCCAAGAUGAAGACUGCCCGUAUGAGAUGGAAUCACAAUCCUAUGCGGGAGAAAGCCAUGUGCCAAUGGAUGAAGACAUAGACUAUGAUGCAGAUGCCGGUUGGGCGGCAGAGACCAAAAGUGUGGCAGAUCACGUACCGGAAGUGGUGCAUCAUGGAGAGACUGGUGCUCCCGUAUCAAUGGCCAAGUGUCUGAGGUGCCUCGGAGAUUUGAACGCCCGAGUCCAGUCCAUAGAGGAACAGCUCGAAAAACAAAACUUCUGGAACGACGACAUGGGACGAGGCGUGGAAAGCAUGCAGGCCGGGUACCAAGAGAUCUCGGCGCUCAGAGAGGAAGUGGCUACGCUAAAAGACCAAGUCAACUCUCUAUGCAGGGAUAGCCCAGGCACUGGGCGAAAACCAGGACGCCCCAGGCGUGUCGCGCAAUGA